AUGGAAAAGUUUUCAACAUGGAGAGACAAGGGCACGGGUAUAUCCCCAUUCAUGCCGCAGCAAUUCCCGAUAUACCAGAAAAACAGAGGCAAUCUCCUUAAUCGAGUCGUCUUGAUACUCGUGCGCAUCCCCAUCUUGAUUGUAAAAUUGCCAUUAUUCAUCAUUGCAUCGGUACUUUACAGCAUCACGGGCUUGCAAUUCCUCUUGAACUUCAUAUUCAUCUUUUUAUUUGGCUUUAACCCCGUGGAAUUUUCAGUUGAUGGAGUCAAGAAAUCUCAGGUACAACAACUACAACCUUUUACCCCGCGCAAAAAUGACAUUAUCGUGACUAAUUACACCUCGCCCUUGGACGGAUACUUCAUGAGUUUACUCGCACAUUCUUCAAAUAUCGUGAUCUUGGUGCCUGAUCCCCUGGGGAUAUUGUAUAAAUACAACCCCUGGAGUCUAGUUAAUCAUGCGUUUGGUCAAGUGCGAGGAGAAGCAGUGCAAGACUUGUCUAAAUUGCACAACAAGAUUGUCUUUCUUUUACUAGAGGGCACCACCUCGAACAACACCGCGAUUCUCCCGUUUAUUAAACUAGAUCCCAAGUACGAUUUCAAAGAGUUUAGAUGCAAGUCCUUGGUGAUGAGGUUGUACCCGCAGUAUUUCACUCUUCCCGUUGCAAAUAUCAGCUCGAGCUAUUAUUUAUUUGAAUUAUUGACCGAUUUCACGAGAAAGAAUGUUCGGUGCAAAAUAUAUGAUUUCGGCGCUAGUGAACAAUUGCACUUGGCUAGAAUUCGAAAGUCGUUUGAGUUGGGUUCCUUGAGUAGCGUCGAGUUGAGCAUCGAUGCUAAACAGCGGUUCAUUAGUUACUACUUCCAAUCGCAUGACGUAAGGAAAUGA